AUGUGGCGAACAGGUGUAUUGUUAGUGGCUAUUGUUUUCAUAGAGUUUGCUGCCGGUGAUGUCAAACCAACAGACACCACUCUCAUAAAUCGGCUGAAGCGCUCUCCGAACUCAUGUGACUACGACUACAGGCCGAGGUACUGGCCUCCACCACCGCCACCCCCACCGCCACCACCACCACCUUACUGGCCGCCACCACCACCUCCAGGGCCACCACCAUUCUGGCCACACCGUCAUCAUCACCAUGACCGUUUCGAAGAUUUCACUGACGAUGCAUCAAAAGACCAGCCAUGUUCCACGUGCCAAGGAGAUGGAAUUUCAUCAGCUUUGAGUAACGCUAAGAGUAAAAAUGGAGAUGCAAUUGCUAUAGCUAUCGCUAAGGCUAGUCCUAGCCCGAAACCUUGA